AUGUCGGCACCCUUCAAGGGCCCUAUAUAUGGCAAUAAUGAACUACCACCAACGGAAUCCCACUUAGACCCAGAGGGCCAAAGGGUGACGACGAUCCCCGGUAGCGACGAUGCUCACCAAAUUGUCGCACAUCAGGAGCGUCAGAAUUUGCUUCGUGGGUUAUCGCAACGACAUGUACAGAUGAUUGCUAUCGCGGGCGCGAUUGGAACGGGCCUGUUUCUUGGCCUGGGUGGCUCGAUUGCAACAGGUGGUCCGCUUGGUGCCUUACUGGGCUACAUGUUCGUAGGUUUGAUCGUAUGUUGCGUGCAGUAUGCGUUAGGAGAGGUAUCGGCGCUGAUGCCAGUAACCGGUUCAUUUGUGCGACACGCCGAGGUACUGGUCGAUCCCGCACUGGCUUUCGCAAUUGGCUGGAACGUCGUGUAUGGCUGUUUCAUGAGUGUGCCGAGUGAGAUCUCUGCAAGCGUGGUGCUGAUCCAGUACUGGACAGACAUCAAUGCGGCCGUGUGGGUGACGGUCCUGAUUGUCCUGUCAGUCAUUGUUGCUAUCACCUUUAUCCGAGUGUACGGUGAAGUGGAAUUCGUCUUCGCCCUUCUCAAGAUUCUGCUGGUGAUCUUCGUUGUCAUUCUCGGGCUGGUCAUUGAUCUCGGAGGUGUGCCGGGCAAACCACGUCUGGGAUUCCACUACUGGAGGCACCCCUUCGUCGAGUACAUCUCCGACGGCACAUGGGGCCGAUUCCUCGGGUUCUGGGCCGUGAUGACGAACGCUGUCUACUCUUUCGCGGGCGUGGAAUCCCUGGCCAUGGCAGCGGCUGAAACGGUGAACCCACGUCACAAUAUCCCUAAAGCCUGUAAGCGGGUGUUCGUGCGCCUGACUAUCUUCUACCUCGCCGCAGUCCUCAUCGUAGGAAUGCUAGUCCCGGCCUCCGACCCGCGACUGAAAAACGAGUCAGGCACGGCAGCCCAGAGCCCCUUCGUUAUCGCCGCCGGUGAUGCAGGCAUUGCAGCAAUCCCGUCGAUUGUGAAUGCAGUUUGCCUAACCUCUGCAUGGUCUGCAUCCAAUCAAAGUAUUCUCGCAGGUACGCGAACCCUCUAUGGUCUCGCGCUUAAAGGUCACGCUCCAAAGAUCUUCCUCCGGACUACCAGCUGGGGCGUGCCAUAUAUGUGUGUCUUGCUGCAGAUUGCCUUCUCUUUCCUGGCCUAUAUGUGUGUCUCGAAUAACGCCUUGACGGUGUUUUACUGGCUUCUUGACCUGACCUCAGCGGGUGUCCUGGUCUCAUGGAUCACGAUCACAUGGAAUCAUAUUCGCUUGCUGCAGGCGCUCAAAGCACAGGGGGUUCCGACGACUGAGCUCCCAUGGCAUAAUCGCAUAACACCCGGAAAUUGGAACCCGGCCUCAUUUGUGUCUUCUUAUUUGGAUAUCCCGCUGGUUCUAUGCGUGUAUGGCGUUUACAAAGUAAUUCGCCGCACCAGAAUCGUUCCUUUGAAGGAAGUUCCAAUCCGUCAAGCACUGGAGGAGGCACAGAAUGAUCUGGAGAAUGUGCCUAUCAAGAAGCGUCGGGGUUGGAGAAGAUUGAAUAUCCUUUGGGGAUGAAAAUAAACAAUUUAGAUGUCUCAUGAUUGUCUUCAAUGCCAUGAUAAGACAUGUAUAAAGGGACAAUCUGAGCAGAGGCUUUCAAGGAGUGUAAGAGCAGCCGGCAUAAAAGCCUCUACCAAGU